CAUUCUUUUUUUAUUUGAACGACACAUUAUUAAUUUUUUUUAUAUCUUUCGAUAAUACAGCAUGUACAAACAAUUACAAACACAAUAAUAUGUGUAGUUUAAAUAUUAAAUACGGUUAUAUAGCAAAUACCGAACUUACAAUUAAAUUCUUCUUUUUAUCCUCUUUUUUUAUCAAAAAUACGAUAUCUAUCGUCGAUUCCGGUCUGAAUAUGAGAGCGAACUUAUAAAAUUAUUGUAAUGUCAUCGGUCCUUGAUGCGCGUCCAAAUUUUCUUAUUAUUCCAUUACACGCCUAUAAGCAUACACGCAUAUAAUAUAUUUUAAAUGUGUUAAUUUUACUAGUGGUAGGACCUCUUGAGAGUCCGCGCGGGUAGGUACCACCGCCCCGCCUAUUUCUGCCGUGAAGCAGUAAUGCGUUUCGGUUUGAAGGGUGGGACAGCCGUUGACAUACUUGAGACCUUAGAACUAUAUCUUUUUUUUUUUUAUUGCUCUUGCAGACGAGCAUACGGCCCACGACAUGAUGGUGAGUGGUUACCGUCGCCCAUGGACUUCAGCAAUGCCAGGGGCAGAGCCAAGCCGCUGCCUAUCUCAAGGUGGGUGGCGAUUUUCGCUGUAAAUUUCUAUGGACUCCAGUAACCACUUAACACCAGGUGGGCUGUGAGCUCGUCCACCCAUCUAGGCAAUAAAAAAAAACUUUUUUUAAAGUAUUUUUUUUUAUGCUCUUUAAUGCUCACAACAGUUUACAAAUGCUUUUCCUCAACGAGAGUCACGUAAAUGUUUGGAGAUUUUCAAGAAAUUCUCUCGAAUGUGAUGGCCGUUUUAAGAUGUUGGGUUUUUUCUUUAAAUUUAUAUCACUCAACAAACAAAAUAGCGAAAUUGAAAUGUUUUUUACCUCAAAAAAAAACAGCUUAGACCAUUACACACUACACGAAUUCUUAAUAUUCGUCAUUAAAUUAGAAGAGCCUGUAUUACAGCAAAAUUAUUCUGCAAUAACACGUCCUGUGUUUAUCACAUCUAAACAUACUAAAUCUCUCGUAAACAUCAGACAUGUUUCAUUGUUCCAAUUUCGUAAACCGUAACGCUGAAUUAUAUUUGCGCAUACGUAACAAUCGCGUGUAGGCACCAGACUAAAGCGUACAUAAUAUUUAGUAACGCGGCGCGCACGAAUCGACCCUAAUAUAAUUGAUUCUCAAAACCUUUAUUUGCAGCGUUCCGAAUUGCUCGUAGCGUUUAAUUAGCCCGCGAACUAACGUGCAGUCUGCAAUGUCAUCUUGUAUCAUUUCCGAAUGCCUCACUCGCGCCUUUUACUCGCACAUCCCCCCGAUAUUAUAAAAGAGGCGUUAAUUUGCCGCGCGCCCGCAGUCCGAAUCGCGCUACCGAGCGAGCUCCACGCUUGUUAUGCGAUAGAGUUUUACGCGGCUCACACAUGGAGGGCACAUCUCCCUCCAGUCCGCGUCCCAACGAGGACGAGGGGUUCGCCACCGACCGCCGCCCCUCCACAGACGACCACGCCGACUCUUCGGACUCGGCGUCUGAUGCCGGCUCCGGCGGCGGCAAGGAUUCAGGCUGCGAAGUUGCAACCGAGACCCAGGAACCGCCCUAUACGCCACCGGACGAGGAAUUAGCGAACAGAAUUGUGUCACAAGUCGAGUUUUACUUCUCGGACGCGAAUAUUACGAAAGAUGCGUUUUUGCUCAAACACGUCAGAAGGAAUAAGGAAGGUUACGUCUCUCUCAAGCUGAUCUCGAGCUUCAAGCGCGUCAAGCACCUCACGAAAGACUGGCGGGUGGUCGCUGAAGCCUUGAAGCGCUCGACUAAGUUGGAGAUCAAUGAAUUAGGAACGAAAUUGCGCAGGAUAGACCCGCUCCCGGCCUACGAUGAAACCACCCCCUCCAGGACUGUGGUGGCUGUCAGAAUGCCUGUAGAAAAGCCGUCUGUCGAGAACGUAUCCCGUUUGUUUGCUGGUUGCGGCGAGAUUGCUCUAGUUCGAGUUCUGAGACCGGGGAAUCCGGUGCCGGCAGACGUGCGCCAGUUCCUGAACAAAAAUCCUAGUUUAGUAAACUGUGUGUGUGCUUUAGUUGAGUUCACGGAGUCCGAGUCGGCCAGGGAAGCGCUCCGGCUGCAGGCUCCGGGAGACGAAGGUAUGCGAGUGUAUGAAUUAAAUGGAGUGCCCCGGGAACCGAAGAGGAAAGCUCCUAUACGACGACCCUCCGCGAUACCGCAGCGCCGCCACGAGUGCGAAUAUUCGUCGUGCUGUAGCGGGUCAGAAGCCGAAUAUGACUACAGAUACGGAGCCCCGUUCUACAGAAGGAACUCUAGUGGCUUCUUCGCUCCCCGGUCACCUGAGAUCCAAACGUGGGUGCCGCGGCGGCCGUCCACUUGCAGUCACAGCUCGGAUUCGGGCGUUUCGUUCUAUUGCAACUCUCGGAGGGCAUCGCAGGCGAGUACGGGCAGCACCAGCAGCGCUGAGGGUUGGCUCGCGCGUCGGUUGUCGGGCUGCUCACUGACAGGGACCGAGUGUGGCGGCCGGAGGUUGUCGUGUACGCCCCGCUUUGAGCCCCGGACGCCCGUAGUGCCCGACGGGACGAGGGGCUUCCACGCCGCCGCCCGCCAACGUAGAAUCUCGGACCUCGCUCUGUACUCGCGCUAGAAAGCGGCCGCCAACCGUGACACCUUUCUAAUGACGUUGGAUAACUGCCUUUCACGUUGUGCCCGCGCGGUUUUUUUAAUCUAUUUUUUUAGGAGGAAGUGUAGCACGCGUUCCGCCGCGUGGAUCCGCGUACCGAACUGAAUCGCGGCUUACCGUCUUCUCGUGUGAUCGUAAGCUCAUCUAGUUUUACAUAAAUUGCUGUGUUAAUUGUUAAUUUAUAAUCGUUUGUAAUUUAUUAGAUUUUAUUUAUUUACGUUCGCGUAUUUAUUGCGAGUAGCGCGUCGCCGUUGUGUUUUCGACUGAGUUACGUCAGAGUUGUGGGCACAAAACGUUUAUAAUGCAAAAUCGACUGUCUCAAUGAAGAUCGAGUCAUCAGCCGACAACAGCGGUACGGCCAGCGGCGAGCUUGCGUAAUCGAUACGAACAUAUUUUAUUUCCUGUAAUGGCGACCGUAAUUCCGCUGCAUCGGCAAUUAUUACGAGCGACGCGUUUUUUUUUUUUUUUUAUUACUAACUCUUUUUUCAUUUUUUGUAUAUCAAUGUAAUUAAGUCAAUUAAUUUAAGUCAGUCGCCAUUUCAUGUACUUAAGUUUUAAGUUAAGUGUCGUGAUGUUGUACGCAGCUCGCCCGGGUUGCGUCAUUUAUUUAUAAGUAACUUUCAUUAUAAUGUAUUUUAUUUUCUUAUUUAUUCCUCUUUGUAAAUAGCAGAGAAGGUUGUUACGUAACAACUGACAGCACAAUCAUUACGUGUACUCUACUCUGUUCAAAUCGAUAUUGUUAACGAUCGAAUCGCCUAUAAAUUUAAUAUUCGAAUGAUUUUGAAUGAUUCGAUCGCAAAACGGUAUCCGUUCUAGUUUUAAAUUUGUAAUUAGGACGAUGAUAAUGUAAUUAUAAGUUUUUUGGAGAAA